AUGAAGCUCUUCGUCAAUCGCACCUCUGUGACAAAUCUACAGGGGUUCACGGCCUACCUCAAUGCGGCUUGUUGCAAGCACAACCCGUCUCCUCGAACUUAUCGACCAAAUUCAUUAGAGCUUGUCUCGAGCAGGGCCCCAAACGCCGGCUGUGUGCUGCGCGGCAACAAAUCCAAGUACAGAAAAGAGGGACUGAAAUAUGCCAUUUUGACGGAUUCACACUCUCCAAAAGGAUUCCGGAUUCGGGGUGCCUUUCAAAACGCUCCAGAAUUCGCCCGAGAUUUCAAGUGCUCCCUCGGAACUCCUUAUAACCCCAGGAACCGGUGCACCCUUUGGUGA